CCAGCCCAAUCCUCGCCAGCUCCUCCACGCCAGCGGACGUCCACGGCGCGCAGCGUGUCUGUCUCCUCCUUCAUUGUUGGAAAACCGGCGGAUCGGAUGCUGGAUUUGUUUUUUCCUCCUGCGGAUUUGGAUCGGGGCUUAGGAUAACUUCACAUGGGACAAAAACCCGCCUCCUUUCAUGUCUGCCAGCGAUUUGUUUCGCCGGCGUGUUGACGGCAGUGGAGAGAAGGAGGAGGAGGAGGAGGAGGAAGAGGAGGUGAUGGAGGAGGUGGUGGUGGUGGUUUUGGGGAUCUGAGGCUGCAGGAGGAGAGAGGAGACAUGAAUGUGAUCAUACCCGCGUUUCCGUUCAUCAUCUGCACUGGAUAGAGGCUGGCGGGGGGAGAUACAAGCACCAGCUUUUUUGCGAGGCAGCAACGUGGGAGACGAGAGGAAGAUGCUCCGCCGUCCGCUCGAGGUUCUGCACCGCAGGGCGAUGCGUUAUUGAGGAUCUGCACGGCAUGCAAUAAUGCAUUGAGCCACAACUUUUCUUUAGAGGCUCGACAGACUGCAAAAAAAACCCGUAAAACUCUUAAUUUUUUUCUAUUCCCGUUCCGUUUCGGUGAUCCUGCUCAUCCGCGUUUCAGGAAACGCCAGUGUCAUCAACCCCGGUGCGGCUCUGAGUCUGCACAGGCGACGCUGCGAUAAAAAAAGGGGAAAACAGAUAAAAGGCUCCAGAGUUCAGUUGAUCAAUGUUUUGCACAUUGUAUCCGUAGGACAGGGCUAUCGUUUGCAUAUGCAAAUCCACUCAGAUACGAGAUAAAAAAAGAAGAGAGGGACAGAUCUGGCUGUGCUGGUGAAGUUUGUGUGCAAGUGUCACACAGACAGGGGUGUGUUUGAGUUUUCAGUCAGCGCUCAGACAGCAGACGCGCAGCUGGCCGGGGAGGACAGUCCUGUCAAAAAAACCUCUGACUUGAAGGCGGUGUCUUCAAGAAAAACAAAGUUUCAAUGGUUUUCCGAAAGUUGCCUGGUGUCUCGGCAUCGGGCAUGGGGCUCCGUCUGUCCCAGAAGUUCGUCUUUCUGCUUUUCCUCUCCGGCUUGGUGACGCUGUGCUUCGGCGCGCUCUUCUUUCUGCCCGACUCGGUGCGGCUGAAGCGCAUUUUCCUGUCCAAGACGGAGGUGCAGCCGGUCACCGCGGGCUCCAGGUCCGAGAACGACGUCAAGGAGCCCCCGAAGCGGCCCAGGGAGCCGGAGCGGGGCAUGACCCCGGCCCGGGCGGAGCCGGGCGGCCGGGGGAAGAGCGUGGAGGCGGAGGAGCGGCUCCCGGGGCCCCCCGGGGCCCGGGACCCGGGGGACCCCAGCCGGCCGGCCGGGGCCAGGACGGAGCCCGCCGCCUCCGCCUCCGCCCGGGCCACCCCGGAUACCUUCAGCUACCGGAGGUUCGAGAGCUGCCUGCAGAAGCCGGCCCUGGGGAGGGACAGCGGCCGGCCCAGCGACCCCCAGACCAACGAGCGCAGGGAGAAAGUCAAAGAGAUGAUGAAGUUUUCCUGGGACAACUACAAGCGCUACGCCUGGGGCAAGAACGAGCUGCGGCCUUUGACCAAAAAUGGGCAUAUUGGCAACAUGUUUGGAGGUCUGAGAGGAGCAUCCAUCAUUGACUCACUGGACACGCUGUACAUUAUGGGGCUGAUGGAAGAAUACAAUGAUGCCAAGGAGUGGGUGCAGACCAGCCUGGACCUAAAUUCAAACGGCGAGGCAUCACUCUUUGAGGUGAACAUCCGUUACGUCGGUGGGUUGCUCUCAGCGUACUACCUGACAGGAGAGGAGAUGUUCAAAAGUAAAGUGAUGGAGCUGGGAGAAAAGCUUCUGCCAGCCUUUAACACGCCAACAGGAAUCCCCCGAGGAGUCAUCAACCUGGGAAGCGGCACCAGCUGGAGCUGGGGCUGGGCCUCGGCUGGGAGCAGCAUCCUGGCUGAGUUUGGGACCCUUCACCUUGAAUUUGUGCACCUGAGCGAGCUGUCCAACAGUCCCAUCUAUACAGAGAAGGUGACAAACAUCAGGAAGCUACUAAGCAAGAUUGAAAAACCCCACGGCCUGUACCCCAACUUCCUCAGUCCAGUCACUGGCAACUGGGUCCAGCAUCACGUGUCCAUCGGUGGUCUUGGGGAUAGUUUCUACGAGUAUCUGAUCAAAUCAUAUCUGAUGUCGGACAAGACAGAUGAGGAUGCGAAGACCAUGUACUACAGUGCGCUGGAGGCCAUUGAAGCUAACCUGGUACAAAAGUCACCUGAUGGCCUCACCUACAUGGCGGAGUGGAGGGGGGGGAUCUUGGACCACAAAAUGGGCCACCUGGCCUGCUUCUCCGGGGGGAUGAUUGGCAUCGGAGCUGAUGAUGGAGCGCCAGACAAAAGGCAGCACUACCUUGACCUUGCUGCUGAGAUUACACAUACGUGCCAUGAGAGCUACACUCGCUCAACAACUAAACUGGGACCAGAGGCGUUCAGGUUUGACAGUGGAGCUGAAGCCACAGCAACCAGGCUGAGCGACAGAUACUACAUCCUGCGACCAGAAGUCAUUGAAAGCUACAUGUACAUGUGGAGACUGACCCAUGACCCCAAAUACAGAGAGUGGGGCUGGGAGGCUGUUGAGGCUCUGGAGCAGCACUGCAGAGUCGAGUCUGGCUUCUCCGGGAUCCGUGAUGUUUACACCACGACCGUCAACCACGACAACAUGCAGCAGAGCUUCUUCCUCUCAGAGACGCUUAAGUAUCUGUACCUGCUCUUCUCGGACGAUGACCUUCUCCCUCUGGAGGACUGGGUUUUUAAUACAGAAGCCCAUCCGCUGCCCAUCAUCCGUAAGAGCUGCCUGCAGGAUGAAGCGACACAGGAUAAGACGCUCGCUGAAUAAGACCGAGUACCAGUCAACAACUGAGACAGUUACAGAUGCAUCUGCACACACAGAAUUCACACGGAGAUGGCAAAGCACCAAUUCAGUGCAGGUUCAGUCUUUUCAGGAGUGUGUUACCGGCUCUCAAUUCCUUUUUAGUAAAGGAUGUUGUGGUUUUACGCUGUGAUUGUAUAUCCUUCUGCCACUUCUCUUUUGUGGACAAUCAAGACAAACAUGACUUUCAUGAAAAGAUUCUUUUUGUCCUUCUUUCCUCUGUGAGGAAACCAGUACAACUUACAGACCCAAAUGUAUGGGAGGAGGUGUGAACCAUGGUCCAUGUUGUCAGAAAAAGAGAGAAACAAUUAGAAAACCACUUUAGUUUUCUCCUUAAUUUGUUUUUCUUUUUGGUUAAUUUUGAGUGAUGAAUGAUUCUCGUAUCUAAUUAUUGCAGCUUUUCCUUUGUGACUACACUUUGACCAAAGGUUUCUUUGCAUUUCUGUUUCCCUCUUUUGAAUUUGAGUGUUUUUGAUGGAAGGUUAAAAUCUAAAUGAGGAAUAAAAUAUUAAUGUACAGACAAACAUGAAGUGUGACCCUCAAAUCUGCCUCUAAAUGAAUUCUGAUGUCAUGUUUCUUACUGAAACAAAUUUGAAUUAAUUUUUUAAAGGUUGGAGAUGUCAGAAAAGUGGCUAUGUCUUAUGCAUCCAGGGACCAUUAUUUAAAAAAAGGAAUAAAAAAACUGUUUGUGUUUCCACUUGAUACUUGGAUGACUUUUUCCAACAAAGUCCUGUCACUUUGGGAAAAGAAACACAUCAUCUUAGCCAUCUUCAAAUGGGUUUUUGUGAUUCUGUUGUAGUUCUGCUUCACCCUGCCUUCACACAUGCACCCAUGCGCCUGCCGUCACUGACGUUGCAGGCUCUGAGACUGCAGAGUGAAUGUGCUGUACAUACAGAGGACGUGAGUGACACCUGUAUGAGCCUGUCUUAACUUUAUUUUGUGUCUCUCUUCUUUUUUUCUAAAACUUCAGUGGUUAUUUUUUCUGGGUUCUCUUUUGAUUUUAUUCCCUCAGGUGUUCCAGUAAAAUAUAUAAACAUUUGAUUUUAAGUCUAGUUAUUGCUGAUAUUAAUUAUUGUUAUUACUUCUUAUUCUCACUGUUUGGUUUAACUUUAAAUGUGGAAUAUUUUCAAAUACUGAUAUAAAAAAAAAUAACAAAAAAACUGUGCAACUUUGUAC